UGCUCCGUACGGAAGUGGGCUUUGGCGCACCGGAAGCCGACUCAACAGGGCUAUGGCGGGUUUGACUGUGAGAGACCCAGCGGUGGAUCGUUCUCUACGUUCUGUGUUCGUGGGGAACAUUCCUUAUGAAGCUACUGAAGAACAGUUGAAGGACAUCUUUUCUGAGGUUGGACCUGUUGUUAGUUUCAGAUUGGUAUAUGAUAGAGAGACAGGAAAGCCAAAAGGUUAUGGCUUCUGUGAAUACCAAGACCAAGAGACAGCACUUAGUGCCAUGCGGAACCUGAAUGGGCGUGAAUUCAGUGGGAGAGCACUUCGAGUGGACAAUGCUGCCAGUGAAAAGAACAAAGAAGAGCUGAAGAGCCUUGGCACUGGUGCCCCUGUCAUUGAGUCACCUUAUGGAGAGACCAUCAGUCCUGAGGAUGCCCCUGAGUCCAUUAGCAAAGCAGUUGCCAGCCUUCCACCAGAGCAGAUGUUUGAGCUGAUGAAACAAAUGAAGCUUUGUGUCCAGAAUAGUCCCCAGGAGGCACGGAACAUGUUGCUUCAGAACCCUCAACUGGCUUAUGCUUUGCUGCAAGCACAGGUAGUGAUGAGAAUUGUGGAUCCGGAAAUUGCACUGAAAAUUCUGCAUCGCCAGACAAAUAUCCCAACGCUGAUUGCAGGCAACCCUCAGCCAGUCCAUGGUGCUGGGCCUGGGUCAGGAUCCAAUGUGUCAAUGAACCAGCAGAAUCCUCAGGCCCCUCAGGCCCAGUCUUUGGGUGGAAUGCAUGUCAAUGGCGCACCUCCUCUGAUGCAAGCUUCUAUGCAGGGUGGAGUUCCAGCACCAGGGCAAAUACCAACUGCUGUCACAGGACCUGGCCCUGGUUCCUUAGCUCCUGGAGGAGGAAUGCAGGCUCAGGUUGGAAUGCCAGGAAGUGGACCAGUGUCCAUGGAACGGGGGCAAGUGCCAAUGCAAGACCCCAGAGCAGCUAUGCAGCGGGGAUCCUUGCCUGCCAACGUCCCAACCCCUCGAGGCUUGUUAGGAGAUGCUCCGAAUGAUCCACGGGGAGGCACUUUACUUUCUGUAACUGGAGAGGUAGAGCCUAGAGGUUACUUGGGACCACCUCAUCAAGGUCCACCCAUGCACCAUGUCCCUGGCCAUGAGAGCCGAGGACCACCCCCACAUGAGCUGAGGGGUGGGCCAUUACCCGAACCCAGACCUCUAAUGGCAGAACCAAGAGGACCCAUGCUAGAUCAGAGGGGUCCACCGUUGGAUGGCAGAGGUGGAAGGGAUCCCCGAGGAAUAGAUGCACGAGGGAUGGAGGCCCGAGCCAUGGAGGCAAGAGGGUUAGAUGCCAGAGGACUGGAGGCCCGUGCAAUGGAGGCCCGUGCAAUGGAAGCUCGUGCGAUGGAGGCCCGAGCGAUGGAGGCCCGUGCGAUGGAAGUCCGAGGGAUGGAGGCCAGAGGCAUGGAUACCAGGGGCCCAGUGCCUGGCCCUAGAGGACCUAUACCUAGUGGAAUGCAGGGUCCCAGUCCAAUUAACAUGGGGGCAGUUGUCCCCCAGGGAUCCAGACAGGUCCCAGUCAUGCAGGGAACAGGCAUGCAAGGAGCGAGUAUACAGGGUGGAAGCCAGCCUGGCGGCUUUAGUCCUGGGCAGAAUCAAGUCACUCCACAGGAUCAUGAGAAGGCUGCUUUGAUUAUGCAGGUUCUACAACUGACUGCCGACCAGAUUGCCAUGUUGCCUCCUGAGCAAAGGCAGAGUAUCCUGAUUUUAAAAGAACAAAUACAGAAAUCCACUGGAGCACCUUGAUAGGUUUUCAAAAAUACCUGGCAAGAAAUCUGGAAAUUCUAUAAUUUUGUUGAAAUAUUGAAAAAAGAUGACCUGCAUCCUAACCCUUGAAUGACUCAAAUCAGUGCCAGGUGGAGGACUCCCAUCACCUUCUCUCAGAACAAAAUCACUUCAUUUUAUUGUCUUAGUUUGUAUAUUUUCUGUGACUUCAAAUAAACUUUGAACAUAAUUUUAGUACACUGCAAAUUGAUAUACAUGACCUUUUUGCUUUUAAAAAGCUUAACACUAAGGGUGAAACCUUAGAUGUGUUUUCUACCCUUACUGCAGUAUUGUACUUUAACAUAUUGCCAUAGUUUUGUUUUUAUUUUAAGUUAACCAUUUAUUCUUCUUGAUGAUAUUUGAGCAUUUCUCAGAAGCAAUGUUUUCUGGAACUUGGUUUUUGUUUAGUUUGCUUCCAGUAAGAAUUAUUAUAAGGCUUUGCCCUCUGAAAACAUUCUAGGACUUCUGAGUCUUCUGGGAGAAAAUAGCACGUGCUUAGAGCUAUAAAAUGGUCAGAAGGCUAACAGAGCAAAGAGCCUAGCACAGCCAUGUGUUUAGUUUAGAAAAAUCCAAAUAUCAAAAUGCAUUUGUUUCAAUAGCAGGUCUGAACAUGUAUAAUUCAGAGUUAAGACAAAAAUUGUUUUAGCACUGGUUUGAGUCUGUCAGCAACACAAGAGACUGCUGACAUUUACUUGUGUGUUCUUAAACUUAUCAGUCUAGGCAGUCAACUUUGAAAGUUUAAAAAGCCACUGAUUUUUCACAUGUUUGAGAUGAAAUAAAAACAGAAAUCAAAUGAA